UUGUCAGUGAACAAAAUGGCGUCCUACUGCCUCCUAGCUGGCCGGUUACAGCAAGCCUUGGGCCAUGGAGCACGCAAAUAUCACAUUUCAGCCGUCCUGUGCCAGCGGGCCAAAGUGGCGAUGAGCCACUUUGAGACCAAUGAAUAUAUUAACUAUGAAAAAAUUGAAAAAAAUAUUGACAUUGUUCACAAGCGUUUGGAUCGACCCCUUACCUUAUCUGAGAAGAUUGUAUAUGGCCAUCUUGAUGACCCAGUGAAGCAGGACAUAGUGCGUGGAAAGACUUACCUUCGACUCAGACCAGACAGGGUGGCUAUGCAGGAUGCCACAGCCCAGAUGGCCAUGCUUCAGUUUAUUAGUAGUGGGUUGCCCCGAGUGGCUGUGCCUUCAACCAUCCACUGUGACCACUUGAUUGAAGCCCAGCUUGGUGGCGAUAAGGAUCUUAAAAGGGCAAAGGAUAUCAACCAGGAAGUGUAUAAUUUUCUUGCAACUGCUGCAGCAAAAUACGGUGUUGGUUUUUGGAAACCAGGGUCAGGCAUCAUCCAUCAGAUUAUCCUAGAAAACUACGCAUAUCCUGGAGUGCUCCUUAUCGGUACAGACUCUCACACCCCUAAUGGUGGAGGUUUAGGUGGGAUCUGCAUCGGUGUAGGUGGUGCUGAUGCUGUAGAUGUUAUGGCUGGGAUUCCUUGGGAGCUCAAAUGUCCAAAGGUUAUCGGUGUAAAACUGACCGGUAGGCUGUCUGGCUGGACUUCCCCAAAAGAUGUCAUCCUAAAAGUAGCUGGUAUCUUGACUGUGAAGGGUGGUACUGGAGCCAUUGUAGAAUAUCAUGGACCUGGGGUGGACUCCAUUUCAUGUACUGGAAUGGCCACAAUCUGUAAUAUGGGAGCUGAAAUUGGAGCAACAACAUCUGUAUUUCCAUAUAAUCAUCGCAUGAAAAAGUAUUUGGAAAAAACUGGGCGUUCAGAAAUUGCAUCUCUGGCAGAAGAGUUCAAGUCCAAUUUGGUACCAGAUGCGGGUGCUGAAUAUGAUCAACUGAUUGAAAUUAAUUUGGAUGAGCUAAAACCAUACAUCAAUGGACCGUUUACCCCUGACUUGGCAAACCCUGUAUCUGAGGUGGGAACUAUUGCCGAACAGAAGGGAUGGCCUUUGGAUAUCAGAGUUGGUCUCAUUGGCAGCUGUACAAAUUCCAGCUAUGAGGAUAUGGGCCGUGCCGCUGCUGUAGCAAAACAAGCUUUAGCGCACGGCCUGAAAUGCAAAUCUCUUUUUACGAUAACGCCAGGUUCAGAACAAAUCCGAGCCACUAUUGAGCGAGAUGGUUAUGCUGCCAUUCUUCGUGAUGUUGGUGGUGUAGUACUUGCAAAUGCCUGUGGACCUUGUAUCGGACAGUGGGACAGGAAGGAUAUUAAGAAGGGAGAGAAGAACACAAUUGUCACUUCAUAUAACAGAAACUUUACUGGAAGGAAUGAUGCAAAUCCUGAGACGCAUGCAUUUGUUACAUCUCCAGAGAUAGUUACAGCUUUGUCAAUUGCUGGAACCUUAAAGUUUGACCCAGAAAAAGACUUUCUCACUGGUGCUGAUGGAAAGAAAUUCAAACUGGAGGCUCCAGAUGCAGAUGAACUGCCAAAAUCUAAUUUCGAUCCAGGUCAAGACACCUACCAGUACCCACCUAAAGAUGGAAGUACUGAGCGUGUAGAUGUGAGCCCCUCAAGCCAGCGCCUGCAACUUCUGGAGCCUUUUGAUAAGUGGGAUGGAAAAGAUCUUGAAAACAUGCAGAUUCUCAUAAAGGUAAAGGGCAAGUGUACAACAGAUCACAUUUCUGCAGCUGGACCCUGGUUGAAAUUUAGAGGUCACUUGGACAACAUUUCUAAUAACUUACUGAUCGGUGCCAUCAACAUAGAGAACAACAAGGCCAAUAGCGUGAAAAAUGCUUUAACUCAGGAAUAUGGAUCAGUCCCUGACACAGGUCGCUACUACAAGGCACAUGGAAUUAGAUGGGUUGUAAUCGGGGAUGAGAACUACGGAGAAGGAUCUAGUAGAGAGCAUGCAGCCCUGGAACCAAGGCAUUUGGGAGGCAGAGCCAUCAUUACCAAGAGCUUUGCAAGAAUUCAUGAAACCAACCUAAAGAAGCAGGGACUCCUGCCUCUCACUUUCUCUGACCCAGCUGAUUAUGAUAAGAUUCAUCCUGAGGACAAGAUCACACUUGCAGGGCUUAAGGACUUGGCACCUGGAAAGCCCGUCAAAUGUAUCAUCACACACCAGAAUGGUAGCCAAGAGACAAUCGUGCUGAACCACACUUUCAAUGAAACGCAGCUUGAAUGGUUCCAGGCUGGCAGCGCUCUCAACCGCAUGAAAGAACUCAUGCAGUAGAAGCACUUUGGCCCAUCUUUGCCACUAACAGACUGUUCCCAGGGUGAUUAACCAUGACAACCUGUCAGUCACUGAGAAAGAUAGCACUUCAACCGCUUCUUCAUCCCAUCUGUGUUAAAUAAAAAUCUUAUUGCAGAAGCUGCCACUCUUACAGUCCUUACAAGGUUCCGUCAUAAUCUUUUUGUAUUUAUUGGCAGUUUCCGGUUUGAUUGUCAUGCUGCUGUAAUGCUGUCCAGCCUGUGAAAAGGUUAAAAUGAAUCAUGCUGCAUUAUUAAUAUAUAUAUUUUAUUUCAGAGCAGACUUAAUUAAUUAAACUCUAUGAUGGGA